CUGCCGCAGCUGUGGGUGAGUGUGUGUGUGUGUGUGUGUGUGUGUGUGAGGCGGCGCGAAUAUUCCCCAGGACAAGUGAAUAUCCGGCGUGCACGGGAACGUCAGUCGAGCACCGGCCUCUCACCGCUAAACGCUAAGGCUACACUUAUACUAUACUCGCCGCGCUCGCGAGCUCCGGUCUGUCGAGGCGCUUCUCUUUAUACCGAUCCUUCAGCACACUUUUCGUCGAUGUACAAUAAAUUUUCGAGCAAAAGCGCGACACUGCGCGCGCGUGUGUGAUCGGUAUAUGUAAUCGUUAUCAACCGGUCGACGAGACGACUCUUCUUCUGUUCUUCUUUAGUGCGGCGACUAUACCGGCGACGAGAGAGAAAGAGAGAGGAGGUGUGCGAAGAGCUGCAGCUGUGACAUGAGAGAGUAGCAUCGAAAAUGAUGAGGAGGAGAGGCGUGAGAAAACAAGGAAACUCCGAGUGCGAAGGAGCUCUGGUCCUACUCCUGGUGGCAUUGGCUCCUGUUAUCUGCUCCGCUGGAAUCCUGGACCCGUGGCAAUGGGCGCGCAGCGACAGAAUAGAAGUCAAUAUCCCUUGGCUACCCUUCGAAAACGAGACACGAUGCUACGACGAGCUGGGCUGCUUGAACAUCACCAGGAGCUGGUACCAUCUGAUUCACCGACCUCUCAAUGUUUUCCCGCUGCCGCGGGAGGUCAUCAACACUCGGUUUAUACUUUAUACCAAUGACAAUCCCACCGAAGGCCAAGUCUUAAUCGUAGGAAAGGACAAGUCCAUCAAGCGCUCGAACUUCAGUCCGAAGCGAAAAACCAAGUUUAUUAUACACGGCUUCAUAGACACGCCGCUCAGCAACUGGGUGAAGGAGAUGAGAAACGAGCUGCUCAAGCACGGCGACUACAACGUGAUAAUCGUCGACUGGGCCGGUGGCAGUCUACCCCUUUACACACAGGCCACCGCCAACACGAGGCUAGUGGGACUCGAGAUCGCGCAUCUCGUCAAGCAUCUGCAGAACAACUACGGCCUGGACCCAAGCGACGUUCAUCUGAUCGGACACAGUUUGGGGGCCCACACGGCUGGUUACGCCGGCGAGAAGCUCAACGGUAACAUCGGCCGUAUAACCGGACUCGAUCCGGCCGAACCUUACUUCCAAGGGAUGCCCAGUCACCUGCGACUCGACUACACCGACGCCCAACUCGUCGAUGUCAUCCAUACCGACGGCAAGAGCAUCUUCUUCUUAGGUCUUCCAGGUUACGGCAUGAGCCAGCCGUGCGGGCACCUGGACUUCUACCCGAACAACGGCAAGGAGCAGCCGGGCUGCACCGACCUGAGCGAGACGACGCCGUCCUUGCCAUUGACCUUGAUUCGCGAAGGUCUGGAAGAAGCCUCGCGAGUCCUGGUGGCCUGCAACCACGUGCGAGCUAUCAAGCUCUUCAUCGAGAGCAUCAACAGCAAGUGUCAGUACGUAGCCCACGAGUGUGGCAGCUACGCCAGUUUCCUCAGGGGCGAGUGCUUCUCCUGCAAGAGCAACAACAGCCUCAGUUGCGGAAUCAUGGGAUAUCACGCGGACAGCAGUCCUGCUCUGGUGAGGAGGCAGCAGAUGGGACAGGAUGUGUCGGCUUUGCUGGGCUCCAAGUUCUUCUUCUCUACCGGGAAAGACGAUCCUUAUUGCAGACGACACUACAGAAUAACAAUCAAUUUGGCCAGGCCACCCACGGCUGAGAGCUGGGUGCAGGGAUACAUGAAAGUCACGCUUCACGCUGACAAUGGCGUGAUACGUAACAUGGACUUGACUCCCAGCGGCUACAUGAAGUUGGAGCACGGGACGACGACGCGAAUGGUCGUGGCACACCCCGGCGGCUCGACCGGAGAAAUUGGCAAAAUACGACGAGUCGAGUUGUCGUGGGCGUACGACAUGGACGUUCUGCAACCUCGAUCAUUGUGCUUCUUCUGGUGCAACGACCGACUCUACGUGAACAGUGUCGUAGUUGAUAUUAUGGAACUACCGGGCAGGGGGAAGCGCGAGACCGACCUCUCGAGCAAGCUGUGCUCGGCAAGUAGGCAGGACUUCGCGGAGAUAGCCAGCGGUUCGACGGCCUCCUUCACCGACAGCUGCUGACCUGAGCCUCGAGAGCAACCCUCGAACGGUAAUUUUUUUCCUAGUACGCUGCAUAACGCGAGCCGAGGCAGAGUAGCAGCAGAAUAUGAGAAAUUCAAUGACGAAGGAAGAGAGCUGCCCCGGAACAUGCCCUAGUAUUAAUGUGAUCGAUUUUUAUACAUACAUAAUUACGAUUUUAUUAUUAUAUGUAUACAGUGUUUUAAAUUCGUUUGUAAAUCUUGUAAAUAACGCGACUACUAAUCGUAUAUACACAUCUAGACGACCAAGAUUCUUAGAGAUGUAAGGCGCGACUAUGUCUGACUAUAUUUUAAAAAGUGUCCCGAAGGUUUGGGAUAGAUCUUUCGGAGCACUGUUUAGGGUUAUCGUUUAUGGUAUACGAGUAUUUUUUUAAUUUCUCGAUGAUUCAUGUUUCUGCAGUUCGUUAUUUUUCAUAUACUUCAUAUAACGCCAUCUAAUUACACGAAACUGACGAAUAAGGAACUUAUUAAACACAAAAAUGAAUCAUUUGGAAAUUCAAAAUACAUUGUAUUUUCACGAUGCAAAAUGUCGUUUUAUUUGUUAUAAAACUGAUUUGCAUCGAUUUGUAAAAAUCAAAUAUAUUAGUUGAUGCUUUUGUAAAAGUUAGUCUUUUAAUUGUAACGCUUAUAUAUGGUAAUUGAUGUUGUAAACUUAGUCAAUCAAGCAGAGCUGGGUACUACUUAGACUUAAGAACUUUGAAUAAUCAAAGUUAUUUAAGCGUCUCUAACGACACAUUUAUAAAUACUCUACAUAUGCGCUUAAAUCUUUAUCAAACUUAUAAGAGAAAUUAUAAUAUUUUUAUAUACAAGAAUAAUCAACACUCAAAUGAAACAGAAAUACAAGCAAUAACUUCUACAGGUACAUACAUUUUUAGACAAAAUGUUUGUAAAUAUAAUUAUUAGUUGUAAGUUUCACGAACUUAUUUCUACAUUGUUGUGAGAAUUGCAAUUCUUAUCAAAGUUAUAGAGUACAUAAUAUCAUCGAUCAUAUCUCAAAAUAUUCUGCGCAAAAUUAUUUCUUUGUUAUAGAUCUUUAAAAUUGUUACUCAUUAAGGAAAUGUUUUCAAGUGGCUCAAUUCGCUUUUAUUCAAAUUCGAAAUAAUGUUUAUAAUAUGCCGGAAUCAUUUUGAGUUAUAAAAGAUUGUUCUCUGUAUUGAGUAUAAACUCAAGUGCUACUUUACUUUUAGAUUAGAACGUUUACUAACUUAUUCAUAUAAUUUUUACUUUACAAACCAUUAUUUAAAAAAAAUACAAGUAUUUUUUUUUUAAAUAUAUGUGCACGUAUUAUGAUAUUCUUUAGUAAACGUAGUACUCGUUAAAAUUUUAUUCUACUGUUUAAUGCGAAAGAAAUAAUGUUUGUUUUACAAGCUACCACUCAUAAGAAUCCACUUUCUUGCACUUUCAAAACGUAAAAACAAGUUCGCAUAUACGGCAUUCAAUGAUUAACUCCAAUUCUGGUACUGUAGCUCUGUACCCUCUAUACUCUAUUACAUUUUAACGAGUCUUUCAUAGCGUUGAAACUUUAGAAUUUGUGAUAUAUUAUUGUAAUAAUUUAAAAAUGCCGAAGUUAGAUGCUUCUCGUAUUGUUUUCUCACGGCGUUUAGUACAUUUGUACGAACAUUUCAUCCUCCUUUUUUAUAGAAAAUACUAAAGAAGAUAUAAUUGUAAGUGUUUUGUUUAUUAUUUUACAACAAAAAUUAACGAAUCACAGAUGAGAAAUAAAUAUUUCUUCAGAUAGUGACAAGAAAAAAUGUUAUUUUUUACAAGUAUUAAUAAAACAUAAAAAAAACUUAAUUGGGUUUUAAUUUUAAUACCUUUAAUAUCACAAAUAUAUAGGCAGAGGAAUCAUAAUCUUGGCAAAUUUAUUUUUUACUUUUUGUAAUUUAAAGAUAACGGAAAAAUAGUCUACUCAAUGUUUGGAAAAUUUUUUAUUAACUGAUUAAUGUAAAACAUAAUGCGACGUUAGUUAAUUCACAAGCUACAUCGAAUACCUACAGCAAAUAAUUUUAAACUAAUUGGCGGUUUCAUCUUUUUUUUAAAUUAGGUAUAGCAUAUGUGAAUAAAUCACUAGAGUGAACAAAAUAUUUUACAAAAUAAUUAUUGCAUUUUAUUCAAAGGUCUUCUAGUUACUACUUAACAGUAAGAUAUUGCAGUUGAACAGUACAAUUUCGAAACAAUCCUCCAACAUCUUAAAUAGUUACGUUUCAUCUUCUAUACUAGAUAGAAUUUAUUGAUCUUGAUGGUGUUGUAUGUGUUUGUAUAAAUUUUUCCGCUAUUAUACGCUAGAUUUAAGUUUAUAAUUAAAUAAUGUGAUACAUAAUGUAAUUGACUGGAACAAUUAAAUUAAAUGAACGUAUUAAAAAGUGAAAAUUAAUUAACGUUAGAGAUUUCUAUACAAUAAAAAAACGCAAUUCAUACAUAAUUAAAAUAUUGCUUUGUACAGUGACUAAAUCAAGUUCAUAAAAUAUUCAUUCAGAAUUGAAUAUAUCCAUACGAUUGGACAAAAUCUACAUUUUUUUCUUUAUAAUCAAACAUUUGAUUUCGCCUAUUGUCGGAAGAGGGUAGCGAGCUUAUUCUUCUGAUCACUCAAAGUUCUUGUUCGUUGAUUUAUCAAUUAACAAAGAAGCGCUAUAUAGAAUGAACGCUAAUGUUUCUAUUUUCUCUAAAGUAGCCAUAACAGCCAGACGUAGAUUACGCGAGCGGAAGUUUCGCUCUUAAAGAGUAAUUUUUACUAGUAUUUAUUUUGAUAGACUCUACCUUGUGAAUCUCGUAAAUAAUGCGACUAAGUCGUACAACUAGAAGACCAAGAUUUAGUAGCGGUUAAGGCGAGCUGCGCGGAGAUUUAUGAAAAAUAUUCAAAAUUCUAUAAGCCAUUUGAACAGUGGACUAAUAGAUAGUUCUAAUAUUUUGAAUUUCCUACAUGAUAUGCAUAUAAUCUUUAUACAGGUUUAAAAUUUAAAUUAAAAAUGAAUUAAAAUCGAUGAGCAAUAUGUAUGAUUGUGAUAUUUCAUUGUUAGUAAUAUUCAGAAAAUAAUUUUAUGCUCAUAGUAAUAUAAAUGUGUGAAUUACAAAAAUAUAUUAAGUCUUUAUUUGUAUUUUAAAAACGAACACUACGAUACGUAUAACUUUUCAACCAAAUAAGCUUUGAUUUAUACAGCGCAUUGAAAGCUGUAAAAUUAACCAGUCCACCAUUCAAUAAGCUUGAAGCACAUUUCGCAAGGUCAAAGCACUCACGAUAUAUUUGAGUCACAUUAAGUGAAUUAAUAUAUUGCGGUUCACUUGGAAGAAAAAUUAUUGUCGAAUAAAAAUAAUCAAACGAUACAGUUUAUUUAAGGUUUCAUUAAUCUGAAUGAUAAACUAACGUUACAUUUUUAUUUUUCGAUGUAUAUUUCAUCAUCGAUAGUAUGAAAAAAGCUUGUAGAUACACAUUACAAAAUAAACGUAAAGCGCUUAUUGUCACUUGAAAAUCAAUAAAAACUAAAUGAAUUGAGUAUUCGAAAGAGUAUUUCGAAUGUCUUUGGAAUUUUUUCACCACAAUUGUCAUACGCCAACCGUCAACACGUUUCACGUGAUUUCCUUUUUUUUCAUAGAACUCUGUACAGCUCAAACGCAAAAGAUUCAUUAUUUUUUAUACAAAAGGUAGCAU